AUGUCUUCCACUUUGGAUGACAGUAUGUCUGUUCUGCCCGGUGAAAGCGGCAGCGUGGCUGAGAUAUUGGGAUCUUCCGAAAGUCUCACCAGUCACUCUGGCUCCACCGAACCGGCAGAUUCGGCGAGUGCAAUCGCCUUAACUGCUGCCUUCCAUUUCACCGGCACCUCCGCGUCAGCCAAUGGUGCGACGAUGCAAGAAUGUUUCCUUCAGUCCGUCGUGUCAUCUGCACAACAGUAUGAACUUCUCAUCACUCGUCUACGCGGGCUGAGCCGUGAAUGGACGGAGUUUUGCGAUCAGGAAAUCUCGCUACAACUUGGGUCGGAUGACCGAUCAGAUGCCGCCACCGCAAACAGCACCCGCACGAUUGCGGGCGCACAAAACGUCGUCUCUACAGCGGCGCAUACAACAUCCUCUCCUAGCGUGAAUACGCGUAUUCGACGAAGCUUGCUUCCAUCUAUGCAGUUCGCAGAUCGCUGCCUUUCCGUUCUGCGAUACCUUGGAGCCGUGGAGACCGAUAAACUU